GGUGUAGUCUGCCGUAAAAGAACAAGAGAAGCCUGCGUCAUCACGUCAUUUUGAAGGGAGAAAAAAUAAUGGCGGCUCUUGUUAUGGGAUGGAAUAGUGCAUGCAUGAGAUAAGUCUUCAAAAAACAUUUUUUGUGAUAAAUCUUUCCGAAAAAAAAACCAAGGUGUCAACGUAACAAGUGUCAGAAUGGCUCACCGAUACCUCCGCUUGUCAAGAGGUGGCAGGAAUCUAUUCAAAAUGUUGUUGCCUCCAAACGUCAGAACAACUAACGUUAGCUGUGCACGACUGGUCUCCAGCCAAGCAGACAGCCAGAUAGUACUUGAAAGAAGGACCCUGUUUGAACAUGUGUUGGGUGCCUAUCAAAGACUCUGCUCCAAACCACCAAAAGGAUUUGAAAAAUAUUUCCCCAAUGGUCCGAAGAAUGCUCCGAAGAGCAGUGAGUCCAACCCAACCAAUGGAGAAGCCAAAGAGGCCAAGCCAACUACCAAUGCACAGAAGGCCACUGGUAGAUCUAGUGGAGGAGGUGGUGCCUCAGGUGGAGGAGGAAAAAGAGGAGGCAGGAAGGAUGAGUCCCAUUGGUAUAGCCGGCUUCAAAAGGGUGAUGUGCCAUGGGAUGAUAAGGAGUUUCGUAUGUACUUCCUGAGUGGCGCUGCGUUUUGGACCAUGGUUACGUACUUCUUUUUUUUACGGGAAGGAGGGAGAGAGGUCACUUGGAAAGACUUUGUCAAUAACUACCUCUCGAAAGAAGUCGUUGACAGAUUGGAGGUAAUAAACAAGCGCUAUGUGAAAGUGGUAUUUACACCCGGAAAGACUCCAGUUGAUGGACAAUACGUGUGGUUUAACAUCGGCAGCGUGGACACGUUUGAGCGGAACCUAGAGACAGCUCAGUAUGAGAUGGGUAUCGAGGGGGAGAACCGUCUGCCAGUGGUGUACUCUGCUGAAAGCGACGGGUCGUUCCUGCUCAGCAUGUUGCCCACCGUGCUCAUCAUCGGCUUCCUGCUCUUCAUGCUGCGACGGGGGCCAGCGGGAGCUGGCCGACCGGGCGGCCGGGGCAUGGGCGGACUAUUCAGUGUCAGCGAGACAACGGCCAAGGUGUUGCGCGAUGAGAUCGACGUGAAGUUCAAGGAUGUGGCAGGCUGCGAGGAGGCCAAGCUGGAGAUCAUGGAGUUUGUCAACUUCCUCAAGAACCCCAAGCAGUACCAGGACCUGGGCGCCAAGAUCCCCAAGGGGGCCAUCCUGACGGGUCCCCCUGGCACAGGGAAGACCCUGCUGGCCAAGGCCACUGCCGGAGAGGCCGACGUCCCCUUUAUCACCGUAAACGGCUCAGAGUUCCUGGAGAUGUUUGUGGGCGUGGGUCCCGCCAGGGUUCGAGAUCUGUUUGUCAUGGCCCGUAAGAACGCCCCUUGCAUCCUCUUCAUUGACGAGAUUGACGCCGUUGGGCGCAAGCGAGGCAGAGGGAACUUUGGUGGCCAGAGCGAGCAGGAAAACACCCUCAACCAGCUGCUGGUCGAGAUGGAUGGGUUCAACACAGCAACCAAUGUAGUAGUGCUAGCCGGUACUAAUAGACCUGACAUUCUGGACCCUGCACUGAUGAGGCCCGGACGCUUUGACAGACAGAUUUACAUUGGUCAUCCUGACAUUAAAGGCAGAUCGUCCAUAUUUAAAGUGCACUUGAGGCCUUUGAAAAUGGAUGCAGAGAUGGACAAAGAAGCUCUGGCCAGGAAAAUGGCUGCCCUCACCCCAGGCUUCUCAGGUGCUGAUAUUGCCAAUGUGUGCAAUGAAGCCGCGCUGAUUGCUGCUCGCCACCUAGCGGACUCAAUUAACCAGAAGCACUUUGAGCAGGCCAUCGAACGCGUGAUCGGAGGUCUGGAGAAGAAGACUCAGGUCCUGCAGCCUGAGGAGAAAAAGACUGUAGCUUACCACGAGGCAGGGCACGCUGUGGCAGGCUGGUACCUGGAGCACGCUGACCCUCUGCUCAAGGUAUCUAUCAUCCCCAGAGGCAAAGGGUUAGGCUAUGCCCAGUACCUGCCUAAGGAGCAGUACCUAUACACCAAGGAGCAGCUGCUGGACAGGAUGUGCAUGACGCUGGGUGGCCGCGUGUCUGAGGAGAUCUUCUUUGGCCGCAUCACCACGGGGGCCCAGGACGACCUCAGGAAGGUCACCCAGAGUGCGUACGCCCAGAUCGUGCAGUUUGGCAUGAAUGACAAGGUGGGCCAGGUGUCCUUCGACUUGCCCCGGCAGGGAGAGAUGACCCUUGAGAAGCCCUACAGCGAGGCCACGGCGCGCCUCAUCGACACGGAGGUACGCAAUCUCAUCCGAGAGGCGUACGAGCGUACCCACACCCUACUGGCUGAGAAGAAAGGCGACGUGGAGAAGGUGGCGCAGCGUCUGCUGGAGAAGGAGGUGCUGGACAAGAAGGACAUGGUGGAGCUCCUGGGGCUACGGCCGUUCGCUGAGAAGUCCACCUACGAGGAGUUUGUGGAGGGCACGGGGGGCAUGGAUGAGGACACAUCCCUGCCUGAGGGCCUCAAGGACUGGAACAAGGAGCGCGACAAGGAGGAAAGCACCGAGGAACAGGUGGCCCGACAGAUCUCCGGAGGGAUGCCCUUCUAACGGGGACUGCUUGGCCUCACCGAGGGUUGUUUUUUAGUAUGAGGCUGUACUGAGAUUAGAACAGGUUGGUGGAAGGACGUCAGUAAGCCCCACCUGAACGUUACCUGACUGAACCAUGCCCAGGAUCCCUCUGAUUGGUCAGUUGCAUCCUUUGCAAUGGUCUGGGGGAUGAAACAUUCUGAACGUUGCAGAUAAAAAAUGUCAUACAGGAGUUAAAAGUUCUGUCAUGGUUAGAGUAAACAAAAUAUAUCAAAUCUUGUGGGUGGGUGGGGGACGGGGGGGUUAUUAAUUUGGGUUAAGAAGACACUAAGCCACACAUCUAAAACUAAAAACUAUGUAGAAAAUAUAAUAGACCCGUUUUUUUUAUUUUUUAUAACUUACCUGUUUCUGGCCCUCAAAAUUGAUUUUGACUAACAAAUCGGUCAUAAUAAAAAAUUACAAAAUCUGUGCAGCCCUCAGUUGAAUUUCAAAAUCCCAAUGUGGCCCUUGAGCCAAAAAGUUUUGCCGCCAAAUCUAAGAUCGACUUACAUUGCAGUCAUGAUUUUUUUUUUUUGGGGGGGGGGGUUUAACCUGUCACUAAUAAAGCUAUGUAUUCCCUAUUCAACAUGGAGGAAUAAGCAUAUCUGUUCACCACCAGAUUAUUUCAGCAGAGUUGAGCAGUUGGAAAUCCCACUCAUCGCUCACAGAGCGGGGUCACCGCUCACAGAGCGGGGUCACCGCUCUGGCGAUCAUCAUCCUUUCUCCCGCUCCACCCAAAAUAAAAUCGCUCGGCACUCGAAGGAGAAAAAAAACUGCCGCUCCAAAUUCGCUGUAUUUGUUUAGUUUAAAACAAUAAUUUAAGUUAUAUCCCAUCUUCUUUUGUGACUAUGUACCAUUUUUGUUUUGAAGUAGGCUAUCAUAAGAAGCUUCAACAUUUCAACAACAUGUCAUAGGCUACUGAACAAGGACCUACCUGAUGAUAUGCGGCCGCUGUGUUAAAAAAUAAAAAUGUGUUUCUCUUGAUGAUCAGGUAGGCUACUUCAGUUGUAACUGUGGCUGUGUAGUGCUCACAUUUUACAGUUGAUGGACAACUUUAACACUGUUACAUGGAAUCCUUUUUUUUCUUCUUUUUACAAUAGCCUUUAUAAAAAUCUAAACGUCUCUGUUGUUGCUACAUGAGCUCAUUUGUUGUCUUGCCAUCAAUUACACAGGCUGUGAACUAUUUCUUAGUCGACUCAUAUCAACAUCUCUGAGCAUUAGUAUUGGAGGUAGGCUAAAUAAAUACACAAGAAUAGGACUAAUUUAAAAUAACAGUGGUGAAGGACAUUUUUUUGAGGUUCGCUCCAGCCAAAUUACGCACGUUCUACUCCUCCCUCCACUCUGCUCACAUCCUCUGUUUUACAAAGUACAUUUCUGUCUAGAUGUUCUGUAACUCCACCCAGCCUGAACAGGCCCCAGAGAGACUGACUAUAGUGCCCUUUUCCAGGGAUUGGAUGGGAGCACUGCCCUUGAUCUUCAUGCCUUUAAGGCCCCCUUGAGUAUAAGGCAUGAUGAGUGGGGCUUUAGAAGAGUGGGAGGGGAGACUAAGUUUUUUUUAUAUACUUCACAACCCAGCCAGUAUUUAACUAUGGAUUACUUCAAUGACCAAAAAAAAUCUAAAAUCCGUCUGGCUUUGUAAAGAAGGUUCACAGAAGUGUAGCUUGGGGUUGUUUCCUUGUUUUUGAAAAGAGGAUUGUACAUGAGAUGUCAAAGCCAAGGUUGUUGUAUAGAUUUUGAGUAGAUAGCAAAAUGACUGAAAUACUCCAGUAGUACAUGAAAUGUAGAAGAACAAAUGAUGUUCAGGAAAUAAAGAAAUUAUGCUUGCAA